AGAAGAAUUUGCUUGAUGAAAUUAUUUAAAAAACGGUUAAUUUCCCUAUUUAACACCUUUUCCCUCACAGAGCCUGAAGUCGUCAGAAACCUCACUGUCACUAAAAUCACAACAUCCUCUAUAUCUGUGAUGUGGAUUAAACCAGAGGGAAACGGCUCUUCCUAUAAAGUACACUGGACUGAUGGAAAUGUGACUUUUGAAGACCAUGUGACUGAAACAAAUGUAAACAUUAGUAACCUGACUGCUGGUGUCCAGUAUGACAUAACUGUUACUGCAGUGGCAGAUGAUGGCAUGACUGAAGGACACAGUGCUGCAAUUUCUCAAUACACAAAGCCUGAAGUCGUCAGAAACCUCACUGUCACUAAAAUCACAACAUCCUCUAUAUCUGUGAAGUGGAUUAAACCAGAGGGAAGCUGCUCUUCCUAUAAAGUACACUGGACUGAUGGAAAUGUGACUUUUCGUGACCAUGUGACUGAAACAAAUGUAAACAUUAGUAACCUGACUGCUGGUGUCCAGUAUGACAUAACUGUUACUGCAGUGGCAGAUGAUGGCAGGACUGAAGGACACAGUGCUGCAAUUUCUCAAUACACAAAGCCUGAAGUAGUCGGAUAUAUCUCUGUCACUAAAAUCACAACAUCCUCUAUAUCUGUGAUGUGGAUUAAACCAGAGGGAAGCUGCUCUUCCUAUAAAGUACACUGGACUGAUGGAAAUGUGACUUUUCGUGACCAUGUGACUGAAACAAAUGUAAACAUUAGUAACCUGACUGCUGGUGUCCAGUAUGACAUAACUGUUACUGCAGUGGCAGAUGAUGGCAGGACUGAAGGACACAGUGCUGCAAUUUCUCAAUACACAAAGCCUGAAGUCGUCAGAAACCUCACUGUCACUAAAAUCACAACAUCCUCUAUAUCUGUGAUGUGGAUUAAACCAGAGGGAAACGGCUCUUCCUAUAAAGUACACUGGACUGAUGGAAAUGUGACUUUUGAAGACCAUGUGACUGAAACAAAUGUAAACAUUAGUAACCUGACUGCUGGUGUCCAGUAUGACAUAACUGUUACUGCAGUGGCAGAUGAUGGCAUGACUGAAGGACACAGUGCUGCAAUUUCUCAAUACACAAAGCCUGAAGUCGUCAGAAACCUCACUGUUGGUGAAAUCACAACAUCCUCUAUAUCUGUGAUGUGGAUUAAACCAGAGGGAAACGGCUCUUCCUAUAAAGUACACUGGACUGAUGGAAAUGUGACUUUUGAAGACCAUGUGACUGAAACAAAUGUAAACAUUAGUAACCUGACUGCUGGUGUCCAGUAUGACAUAACUGUUACUGCAGUGGCAGAUGAUGGCAUGACUGAAGGACACAGUGCUGCAAUUUCUCAAUACACAAAGCCUGAAGUCGUCAGAAACCUCACUGUUGGUGAAAUCACAACAUCCUCUAUAUCUGUGAUGUGGAUUAAACCAGAGGGAAGCUGCUCUUCCUAUAAAGUACACUGGACUGAUGGAAAUGUGACUUUUCGUGACCAUGUGACUGAAACAAAUGUAAACAUUAGUAACCUGACUGCUGGUGUCCAGUAUGACAUAACUGUUACUGCAGUGGCAGAUGAUGGCAGGACUGAAGGACACAGUGCUGCAAUUUCUCAAUACACAAAGCCUGAAGUCGUCAGAAACCUCACUGUCACUAAAAUCACAACAUCCUCUAUAUCUGUGAUGUGGAUUAAACCAGAGGGAAACGGCUCUUCCUAUAAAGUACACUGGACUGAUGGAAAUGUGACUUUUGAAGACCAUGUGACUGAAACAAAUGUAAACAUUAGUAACCUGACUGCUGGUGUCCAGUAUGACAUAACUGUUACUGCAGUGGCAGAUGAUGGCAUGACUGAAGGACACAGUGCUGCAAUUUCUCAAUACACAAAGCCUGAAGUCGUCAGAAACCUCACUGUCACUAAAAUCACAACAUCCUCUAUAUCUGUGAAGUGGAUUAAACCAGAGGGAAGCUGCUCUUCCUAUAAAGUACACUGGACUGAUGGAAAUGUGACUUUUCGUGACCAUGUGACUGAAACAAAUGUAAACAUUAGUAACCUGACUGCUGGUGUCCAGUAUGACAUAACUGUUACUGCAGUGGCAGAUGAUGGCAGGACUGAAGGACACAGUGCUGCAAUUUCUCAAUACACAAAGCCUGAAGUAGUCGGAUAUAUCUCUGUCACUAAAAUCACAACAUCCUCUAUAUCUGUGAUGUGGAUUAAACCAGAGGGAAGCUGCUCUUCCUAUAAAGUACACUGGACUGAUGGAAAUGUGACUUUUCGUGACCAUGUGACUGAAACAAAUGUAAACAUUAGUAACCUGACUGCUGGUGUCCAGUAUGACAUAACUGUUACUGCAGUGGCAGAUGAUGGCAGGACUGAAGGACACAGUGCUGCAAUUUCUCAAUACACAAAGCCUGAAGUCGUCAGAAACCUCACUGUUGGUGAAAUCACAACAUCCUCUAUAUCUGUGAAGUGGAUUAAACCAGAGGGAAGCUGCUCUUCCUAUAAAGUACACUGGACUGAUGGAAAUGUGACUUUUGAAGACCAUGUGACUGAAACAAAUGUAAACAUUAGUAACCUGACUGCUGGUGUCCAGUAUGACAUAACUGUUACUGCAGUGGCAGAUGAUGGCAUGACUGAAGGACACAGUGCUGCAAUUUCUCAAUACACAAAGCCUGAAGUCGUCAGAAACCUCACUGUCACUAAAAUCACAACAUCCUCUAUAUCUGUGAAGUGGAUUAAACCAGAGGGAAGCUGCUCUUCCUAUAAAGUACACUGGACUGAUGGAAAUGUGACUUUUCGUGACCAUGUGACUGAAACAAAUGUAAACAUUAGUAACCUGACUGCUGGUGUCCAGUAUGACAUAACUGUUACUGCAGUGGCAGAUGAUGGCAUGACUGAAGGACACAGUGCUGCAAUUUCUCAAUACACAAAGCCUGAAGUAGUCGGAUAUAUCUCUGUCACUAAAAUCACAACAUCCUCUAUAUCUGUGAAGUGGAUUAAACCAGAGGGAAGCUGCUCUUCCUAUAAAGUACACUGGACUGAUGGAAAUGUGACUUUUCGUGACCAUGUGACUGAAACAAAUGUAAACAUUAGUAACCUGACUGCUGGUGUCCAGUAUGACAUAACUGUUACUGCAGUGGCAGAUGAUGGCAGGACUGAAGGACACAGUGCUGCAAUUUCUCAAUACACAAAGCCUGAAGUCGUCAGAAACCUCACUGUUGGUGAAAUCACAACAUCCUCUAUAUCUGUGAUGUGGAUUAAACCAGAGGGAAGCAGUUCCUUCUAUACAGUAAAGUGGACUGAUGGAACAACUGACUCGACUGUUAAUGCCACUGAAACAAACAUAAAUGUCACUGAGCUGACUCCUGGAGUGCAAUACAGUUUUACUGUCAUAGCAGUGGCUGGAGAUAUCAAGAGUGAAGUGUCUGAGAUUGUUCACUAUACAAAACCUGAAAAGCCUGAAAACAUUUCGGUGACAGCACGAGGAACCGAUUACUUGAACAUCAGCUGGACUUUGCCAAACGGGAGGGUUGAUCACUAUGUGGUGAACAUCACAAAUGAAAUAUAUUUGUAUUGCAACGUAACAACAGUCACCACAGUCCUCUUUACUGAUUUAAAUCCUGGUAGACUGUUUUUUAUCAACGUGAUCGCUGUAUCUGGAAUCUUCAGUAAGAUGUCUGAUCAGUCUUCAUUUGCCACUGAGCCCACACCUCCUGGUUCCAUCAUCAUCAGUCAGAGGACAAACUCUUCGCUCUUUCUGCAGUGGGCGACUCCUGCUUUGAUGGAGGGGGCUCCAAACAUCAGCUACCAUAUCACCUACCAGACUGACGGUGGCGAGGCACAAAAUAAGAGCCCCUUGGUCAAUCACACAGAGCUGUCCUCGCUUCUCUCUGGAACUUCCUACAAUAUAACCGUCGAAACUGUUGGACCCCAGAGUUUAAAGAGCAAAGCCAGUCAUCAUUCUGCUUUCACCUUGCCCAACCCUGUGUUGAACCUUGUAGCCAGCCCUCAAUCCAGCACCUCAGUAAAAGUGGAAUGGUCACACCCGCAGGAAGCCCCGACGUAUUACAAAUACUUGGUUCAAACCUACAAUUCUACAGGAGCACUGUUCAACACAACAGUCAGCAAUAACAGCACUAAUGUAUCCAACCUGGAGCCAGGAACUAGAUACAAUAUCAAUGUCACAACGAUAGCAGCAGCAGGAAGUGAAUCCACGGUGGAACAGACAUUCAGUUACACAAUGCCCAAAGCAGUGACCAACCUCACGGUGGAGGAUGUGAACACAACAGCCAUCCGGCUGACGUGGCUCAGACAAAGUGAUCAUAAGCCUUUCUACUCCUACCUGGUGAUAACACUCCAGGACGCCAUGAUGGUGCAGAAUCAUUCAACUGAGACUGAGACUUACACCUUCUUCAAUCUGACCCCUGGGAAAUUGUACACUUUUGAUGUGUUCACAGUUGUAGAAGGGGUCAGGUCCACAGUGGAAAGCAAAUUAAGUUACACAAAGCCUGGAGCAGUUUCUGACACGACUGCCACAGGAAGCACAACCAACAUGUCAGUGAGCUGGACACCAGCCUUUGGGCAGGUGGACUCUUACACUGUCCUGCUGUACAGAGACGGGCAGUUGGUGGAAAACCGCACGGAUCUGAGCAACGCUACAGUGAACGAACAGUUUCAGGACCUGACACCAGGAGUGCUUUACUGUGUGGUGGUGGUCACCAAGAGUGGACCUUUUGAGACUCAGAACUUACAGAUUUGCAACGCCACUUUUCCCAACCCUCCUGGCCCCAUCAUGGUGGACUCUCAGACUGUGGAUUCCAUCAACUUCACCUGGCCCUUUCCGGAGGGCAUGGACCAAAAUCAGUACAACUUCAGUGUGUCCAUCUUUAGCAGCUCUGUUCUGACUGGAAACAACUGGUUCCUGCUGGACAGCCUCCAGUCUGGAAGCCCCUACAGUAUCUUCGUUACUACUGUAGGCGUGUUGAACUAUGAGAGCACUGCAGUGACAGCAGAAAGCUAUACCAGACCAUAUCCUGUAACCAUGCUGAGAGAGACGGACAUCACCACAAAUUCAGUGACCUUGGAGUGGGAACAGGCAGAGAACAAAUCUCACUACUCAUAUGUGGUGCAGACCACCAACGGCUCCUUUUCUACAUCUGAAACCGUCUUAAACGGACACAUAAUGAUCCCUGGACUUCUUUCUGGGAGCAGCUACAGCUUCACUGUCACCACACAGACAGCAGAUGACACUCAGGCAGUUAAUGUGACAGUGUCCUACUUUACUCGUCCAUAUAGUAUUGGACAGUUGGAAGCUGAAACAUUAAACACAACUACUGUACGUCUGGUUUGGACGAAACCAUUGGAGUACAAGACUGAAUACAGAUAUCGGGUUGAGACUACAGGCUGUUGCUCUGAAUCCCAAAACAAAACAUUUGCAGGAGAAGUCGCAGAGAUCUCCAAGCUCACUCCUGGGACCAACUUCACCUUCUGUGUUUUUGUCAUGGCAGCGGAUGGCAUCGAAGGGAAAGCAAGAAGAACCUCUCAGUACACUAAGCCUGAAACAGUGCAGCCCAGUAUCUCCAACCAAGGCUCCAAUAGUUCGAUCCUAGUGUCAUGGACUACACCUCCUGGGAAAGUGGAGAAUUAUAAGGUUUAUCUAAACAACAUUUCCACAGCUUUAGAGGAGGUAGAGCUCGACUCCAAAAAUACCUCCUUUCUGUUUGAGGACGUGUCUGCUGGGAGGCUUUACACUGCUGUGGUAACCACAUUUAGUGGACCCUUCAAUGCAUCAUCUGGAGUCGUUAAGAAUGCAACUUUCCCUAACUCUCCCGGGACGAUUGACAUCCCGAAGAAGACAACCGGCUCCAUUGACAUCAGGUGGAUGGAAGCUCCUCUGAUGACCGGUGCAUCGUUCUACUACCAGUUGACUAACCAAUCACCCCAAAGAAGAGAAAGCAUCAAUACCACCAACACCUGUCAUACCUUUGACUUCCUGCUUUCUGGGACUUCCUACAACAUCUCCAUAGCAACAGUGGGUCCGAUGGGUUUUGAGAGUGAAAAGAUUCAGAUCAACAUGGUGACUACAAGACCGUUUAGUGUGAAGUCUCUUACGGCUUCUACAGAAGAGGAGAAGAUCACAGUCAUGUGGGCCGUACCGGACGAAUACAAGGAAAGCUAUCAUUACAAUGUGACUUUGCAAAGCUCAGAUGGGUUCAUCAGUGAUAGAAUUAUUAAAGAAAAUGAGUUUAAUAUCGAUGACCUGUUUCCUGGCAAACGUUAUAAUAUUAGUGUCACCACUGAGACCUCUGAUGGAACUAAAGGUGCUCCAACAUGGAUUUCCAGGUGCACAGAUGCAAGCCCAGUGAAAGACUUGAAAUGUGAAGGUCCAAACACAAAAGAUGCAGAAAUCAUCCUGAACUGGAAUAUACCCAAAGGCCAAUACUCUGGCUUCAACGUCACUGUAAACAAUGACCAGAUCAACUCUCCACGCACCUGUUGUCAAUACACUGUGUCCGACCUCCGGCACUAUACUGAAUACAAUUUAACUAUGGAGACUCAGAGCUGUGGACAACCCAGCACUCCUGUGCAUCGUCGCUGCACGACAGGCAUCACAAAUCCACCCAUUCCAGAGAACUUUGAGACACUGGUGGUGGUGAGUACCAUGGUAUACAACAAGUUCAUCCUUCAGAUUGACUCCAGACUGCUGAACAGCACCAAUGGGCCAAUCACACAUGUUGGAGUGCUGGUGACAAAUAAUCCCCCCGAUGAAACUUCUGAUUGGACCAAGUAUGUGGGGAAAACUUAUAAUCAGUGGAGGAAAAAGGACACUCCAGUAUACCUGGCAACAGUCACAAAGAGGCUCUCCCAAUCACGCAGUGGAGCGAAUGAUCUAACCAUAGAAGUGGGAGAUGAAUCCAAAUGGAACGGCUACACUAAUGGUGCUUUGGAUGCCAAUGGAAAAUACCAAUAUGCUAUUGUGUUGUUCACCAGUCUGACUUUGAAAAACAACCUUGUGGAUGAAGCAGCGUCUCUGGUGUCAACAACAAACUUCUAUCGUGUAUUUUCACUCCCACAGAACCCAGCAAUCAUUGGCAUUGCUAUCGGAGUAACAUUUGGAAUUUUUUGCGUUCUCUUCAUCAUCCUUAUCGGCUUCAUAAUCUACUGGAAAAGGUUAUCCACCAAAGACUCGUCAGACAUCCAGAUUCAUUCCAUGAGAGCUAAAGUAAGUGUGGCUAUGAGGGUGGAGGACUACGAGGCUUACUACAAGAAGCAGAAAGCAGACUCCGACUGUGGCUUUGCUGAAGAGUUUGAGGACCUGAAGAUUGUUGGUACAGCUCAGUUGAAAACAAAUGCUGUGACAUUGGAGAACAAGCCAAAGAACCGCUACAGCAAUGUGCUUCCCUAUGACUCAUCUAGGGUGAAACUCUCCAUUAUCCAUGGGAGUCCAUAUGGUGACUACAUCAAUGCUAACUGCAUGCCGGGUUACAACUCCAGGAAGGAGUAUAUCGCAGCUCAGGGUCCUUUGGCCAGCACAGUCAGCGAUUUCUGGAGGAUGAUCUGGGAGCAGAACGUACAGACUCUGGUCAUGCUGACACGCUGUAAUGAACAGGGACGAGUUAAAUGUGAGCAAUAUUGGAAUAAUGGCACCAAGCACUUUGAAAACAUCACUGUGACAACAACCUCUGAAAUAUCACUUGAAGACUGGACCAUCAGGGACUUUGACAUUAAAAACGUGAAAACAGCAGAGACCCGUUCAGUGCGUCAGUUCCACUUCACAGUCUGGCCAGAUCACGGGGUACCACAAACCACCGAGCUCCUUAUCGGCUUCAGACACUUGGUCAGAGAGCACAUGAACCAAUACUCCAGACACUCUCCCACUGUGGUCCACUGCAGUGCUGGUGUUGGACGCACAGGUACCUUCAUAGCCAUCGACAGUUUGAUCUUCCAGAUUGAAAGGGAAAAUAUUGUGGAUGUUUACGGCAUCGUCCACGAUCUGCGCAUGCACCGGCCCCUUAUGGUGCAGACAGAGGACCAGUAUGUGUUCCUAAACCAGUGUGCCAUAGACAUCAUCAGAUCAAGAACUGGAACCAAUGUGGAUCUAAUCUACCAAAACACCGCUGCACUCUCUAUAUACGAGAACGUAGAACCAAAAAAAGGUUACCCCAAAAAAGGGUACCACAAUGCAUAGGCCAGAGAAACCAUUCAGGUUCUACUUCUCUCUUUGCUCUUAGCAAGAAACUGAGCAGACAUUUGCAAAGGGAAAGCUUUUAACAGAUUAUGCUGUAUUUAUUUUUUAUACUUGCCACACUUUUUGUUCAGCAUCUUGUAGCUUUUUGGAUUUAAACUUCUAUUUUGCGGUAUUUAUUUGUUAAAAAAAUAUAGAAUGUUUGAUAAUAUGGAGAUGUAGGGGACAUAAUCACUGACCAAAAAUAUUUGGAUUAUAUGUACAUUCAAACAUAAAAUUGGAUUCUCUCUUAUAACUGCAGAUUUUUGUAUUGCUCAUUUUGUUCUUUACAUGCUUGUUUCCUACUGUAUAUGACUUACUGAUGAUUACAUUGUUUGCUCAGGUAACAUGUUUGAUGCUGUAUAGGUAUUUUCACAGACACUUUUGACGGAAAAACUUGUAACUAAUUGAACCUUUGGAAUUCCCUUGUAUAAAGAAUUGCUGGUGUGAAUACUAUGUGCCUUUUCAAAGCAUGUACACUUUAGUGCCAAUAGGUGGCACUCCAUUAUUUUGUCUUAAACUGUAAAAGACAAACAGGGACUGUUAUGAUAUUACCUUGUUACAGGAACCUUACAAUUAGGUUUCUCAAUAUAUCAUAUUUUAUUAAAGUUUUUCAGAUAGUCCAGUCAAUUCUUUUUGCACCUCUUAAGCCAAUUUAAACUAUUCAAUGCCCUUUAAUGACUUGUGUGUAUUUGUUGUAGACAUGUGUACGUGUAUGCACUGUAGUGAGUAAUGCACUGGAUGCAUUAGUCUUUCUGUACACUGUCCAAACUAUCGAGAUGUUUUUUUUUAUUAUCAGUAUCGUUGAUUACAUUUUAGCCAGUGCUUUGUGAAAGAUUUUGCUCUUCACCCCACAUUUGAUUGUUACAAUUUUACUUUGAUUAUUUUGUUCUUCUUCUGAUUUAAUAAGGUAGCAUUAAACAAAAGCUCAGGAACCUUUUGGUGGGGAGGUAUGGUGUUAACAAACCCAUACUGCAUCAGUGUGUACUGUCAAGAACUUAGAGGUCACAUCCAUUGUUUUUGUUUUGUCAUGUCCUUCUUUUCUACAUUGUACAUUCCUCAAAGAAACAACCAUGUUAUGUCACUUCCUGCUGCACAUCCAGUCUGUCUAUGGACAUUUCCUGUGAUGUUAAAAUCACAAGAGGAGCUUUAUUUUCAGCUUCUAAAGGGCAGAGCUUUCCAUGAGGCGGGUAUACUUUUUAUUAGUUUUUUAAGAUAAUUGAUGCGUGUGGUUAGUCUGUAGAAUAUAUAAGUCUAUGUUUUAUUUUUAUUGUAUCGUAAUGUAUUUAAUGAUUGAAAGCACUUAAGGAAAGAAGAAUAGCAAAUAGUCACAAAAUUGUAGGAUUGUUUUUUGGAAUGCUUUAUGAGAUGCUUGCUGGUACAAUGCAAAUAAAUGUAAAUCAAAUUUGUGUACCCUUCAAUAAAAUGAAACAAAAUGGGAUUAAA